AGUAUUAGAGAGAUGGUUUGCUGCAAUGACCCUACUUUUCUUUUCAGUGUCCUUGUUUCCUCUGAGGCUGACUUGUCAGUUGCCAGGGGAACCGUCUUUCACCAACCAUCAUCUCCUGCAGCGUGUCCCGGCCCGUCACAUAGGGGCGGUGCAUUCAGCCUUUUUUUUGUCACUCGUCAUCCACCCUGUGUUUUAGGCAGGGAUACAGUUUACUCCUCGCAGCCGGGGAGGAAGCCUGAGGGAGCUGCUGUGAGGAUAUAGGCUGCAGGAGAAGUCCACCAGAGCUUUUGAUCAUCAUGAGGAAGAUCACCGGCAAACACUUGUUGUGUUUCUUCCUGCUUACCUUCCCGCUGUCCUGGGCAGAGGACACGAAGAGAGCAGCGAUGAGGACCGACAACGACACAGUUUGGAGCCAAGAGAGGACCAGACGACUGUUUGCAAGGCGAAAGAUUUCUCCACCACAGCAAAGUCCCAUUCCUAAACACAAAUCAAAUCUUAUGACCCCUGCACGCCGCUGCAGCCGUCUGAUGGAAAGCUGUUCCUCUCACGUGCCCUGCUGCGAUCCCUGCGCCUCCUGCCGAUGUCGACUAUUCAACACCAUCUGCCACUGCUGGAGAAUGAACCCCCUGUGUUUAAAGAAGACGUAGAUGAAGCACUAACAGACACAGACACACACGCACACAGCAAAUGCACAUGAACAUAUACAGUAACAAGACAUAUUUACACCUGCCUUCUCGCCUGUGGGUUUUCUUCUUUUACAGCACAUGUGCAGUUCUGUGAAUAUUAUUACUCUUCAGUGUAACGUAAGAAUGCUUGGAGAACAACAAAAUAGCCUGAUGUUAAUAGUGAAGUUUCCUUCCAUUGUCUGCAGCUUCAACACUUUUGUGAUUGAAGGAGAGCUUGGAACGAAAGAGUGAACCCUGUGAUUUUUUUUCUUCUGAGGCAUGAAUCAAAAAAUACUCCAAAGUACCCAACUUGCAGUAUGCAGGUGUAAGGACGAGUGUGCUUUUUCAUGUAUGUAGACAAUGACAAGUGUGGGUUGUGCCAUGGGUAUUUAGAGCACUGUUUCUUCUUCUCUGUAGCUUUUCUUUAUCAUUUCUGGUCUCCUGCCAUGUUAACCCAUAAUAACUAGAUUUAGAUAACUAGAUAACUAGACUAGAACAUACAUUUUUUUUGUUAAACUGAAUUCCAUACAAAUUAAAUAUGGAACUAUAAAACAAAAUCAUCAUCAGCAGAGUCAUUAAAAGUUAAAAAAAACAGUACAGAAAUUUUUCUCUUCCUGUGAAACAGAGAAGUGAUAUAUUUAGAUCCACUUCUAAUUAUACAUGUGGUUUUAUGAGUUAAAGUUACUUUAUAUUUUUGCUAUUGAAUAAAUACAUGUGAGGCUA